AUGGCCAAUGCACCGCCACAGGCCGCAAUCGCCUUGCCGCCAUCCAUCACCUUCGACUCGAUCCGUCUCGACACCAAACAUGAAGCGGCCCUGCAAUGCUCACAAGUCCCCAGCUCUGGCGAUUCAGGGUACUCAGACGUGCUCGUCGUGUUCCUCAACGGGCUAGUCGCUCCACAGUCCUUCUGGCUGCCCGUCAUGUCACUCAUGCUCCGCCACUUGAAACUCAGCCAGCGCGGCGACAGCGCCCCGUCGCACCCGCAAGUGCUAGCCUACGACCGCUACGGCCAGGGCAAGACCAUCGACCGCGAUCCCCACGAUGAGGGGAAGGAGCCCGGGUACGGCCACGACGUGCUGGACGUGGUGCGCGACCUGCACCAGCUCGUCGCUCAGGUCACGCGCAAUGGGCCUAAGCCCAAGCGGCUCCUGCUCGUCGCCAACUCCAUCGGCUGCGCCAUCGCGCGUCUCUACGCCCAGGAGUACCCCGGAACCGUGGCCGGCAUGCUGCUGCUCGAUAGUAUGAUGGCCAACACGGACUUCGUCAGUAUCUUCCCCGACCCCGACAGCGCAGACUUUGACGCCGGCUCGCUGCCGUCGGACGUGACGCCCGAGAUGCUGCGCGAGACGCGCGACAAGUUCCGCGCCGUGUUCCACCCCAGCGUGCGGAACCCCGAGGGCAUGGACCGGCGCAACCUGCCAGCCCUGCUGCCGGAGGCGGAUCAGCCUGUGUUGUCUGAACGGGGAUAUGCUGGCAGAUCGCCUCUGGUGACGGUUGUUGGGCACGAUCCGGGCUGGUUUGCGCAGGAGAGCUUGAAGAGCCCAAUGGCGACACCGUUGGCAAUGUCUAUGAACUACAUGAAUCCCACGUGGCAUCGCUACAAUGAGGGCCUGAUGAAGAUCACGAGUCCCGAUCGAGCGGUGGGACCUCUCAUUGCCAAGAAUUGCGGACACUUCGUGCAGAGGGAUGACCCGGGCCUUGUGGCGGAACUGGCUUGCGACAUGCUGGUCAAAUUGGCGAAGGAGGGCCGAGCUGUGUCCAAGACAGGCAGUCAAGCAAGAGAACUAUCAGCGCGAGCGGUAGAUUGGAGCGACAAGCCGAAAAUCAAAGUAAGCACCAUCACGAAACAGACCCAGCUCCGGGGCCCAGACCCCGAGGACUCCGACGAUGACUACGACUCUAACGACGUGGACACGAAGAAAGCCGAGGUGUACCAGGCGCAAAUCAACGGCAGAGGCCCGUUACUGCUGAAGGUGUUCCGCCAGGAGCAUUUCCUGGAGAACGAGGUCGAUAUCUACAAGGUGAUCGAUGGCGAGGGAAUCGCCCCCAGGUUCGCCGCGCUCGUGACCGACGACCGCGGCAAGGUGGUCGGCUUCUUGACCGAGUUCAUCCAGGGCGCGCACGAGGCCGAUAGGAGGUCGGACAAGCGCAAGUGUCGGGCUAAGCUGAAAAAAUUGCAUGACGCGCAGGUCUCCCUGGGGAAGGACUUCAAGACGGACAAUUUCCUGGUCAGGGGCGACAACGUGUGGAUUGUCGACUUUGAGGCGUCGGUGUACACAUCUGACGAUGACGAGUUUAAGGAGGAUGAUGACAGGUUUAAGACUACGUUUGGAUAA